AGCAGAGGCCGAGUCCGACCAAACCAGCAAGACUAUUUUCCAUCCAGCAAUAGCAACACACUCAACCUGAUCUCUCUCUGUCUGUGUCAGCUUUUCCAACAUUCCUCGUCCACAGUGAAAAUUACCCCAAUGGCCUAUUAUCCAUCCAGCAAUUCCUAAUUUUUGAUCUCUCUUCUUCCCUUUUAAAAAAGAGGGCUUGAUUCAAGGACAAGACUAAGAUGAGGAAGAAGCAGCGGCGAGGCGGGAAUAAGAAAAAGAUGACUAAUGAGCAGAGCCUGGCUUUCAAAUCUGUAAGGGAAUGGGUUUUCUUGAAUCGGCCCUCUUCUUCUGCUGCUUCCUGUGCCGUGGAUGAUUUUGGGGUGCAGAAGAGUCUGGGAAGAGGUGGGGACAAGGUAGUGUUUGAAUUGCAUUCACAUUCGAAAUUCAGCGAUGGGUUCUUGUCCCCUUCCAAGUUGGUUGAGAGAGCUCAUAGGAACGGGGUAAAAGUUCUUGCUCUGACAGAUCAUGACACAAUGUCUGGCAUUCCCGAGGCUCUAGAAGCAGCUCGUAAAUAUGACAUCAAGAUAAUUCCAGGUGUUGAAAUUAGUACAGUUGCCUCUCCUAGCGGAGACCCUGAUGCAGAGGAACCGGUUCACAUAUUGGCAUAUUACAGUAGCUGUGGGCCAACCAGGUUUGAAGAGCUGGAUAAGUUCUUAUCAAAUAUAAGGGAUGGUCGUUUUCUUCGUGCAGAGAACAUGGUCCAGAAACUAAAUAAGCUCAAGUUGCCUCUUAAGUGGGAGCAUGUUUGCAGGAUUGCAGGCAAGGGUGUUGCUCCUGGGAGACUUCAUGUGGCCCGUGCUAUGGUCGAAGCAGGUUAUGUGGAGAAUCUUAGACAGGCCUUCUCCCGAUAUCUUUUUGAUGGUGGACCUGCGUACUCUACAGGAAGUGAACCACUAGCAGAGGAAGCAAUAAAAAUCAUCUGUAAUACAGGUGGUGUAGCUGUACUGGCUCAUCCGUGGGCAUUAAAAAAUCCUGCUCCCAUAGUCAGGAAGUUAAAAGAAGCAGGCCUUCAUGGAGUGGAGGUAUACAGAAGUGAUGGAAAACUAGCAGCAUACAGUGACCUUGCAGAUACCUGUAGUCUUCUAAAGCUUGGAGGCUCGGACUACCAUGGAAAAGGAAAUCGCAACGAAUCUGAACUGGGAAGCGUUAACCUUCCAGCAUUAGUGCUGCAUGACUUCCUUAAGGUUGCUCGACCGAUAUGGUGUCACUCCAUCCGAGAAAUUCUCGAGACUUAUGCUGAGGAGCCUUCUGAUUCGAAUUUAGCGAGAAUCACGAGGUUUGGGAGGACCCGGAUUUUUAAGGGCAGCUCAUCCUUGACUUGUGGAAAGGACUUGAUUGAUCACUGGUUGCCUCUGUGGUUGACAAGGGAAGAGAUGGAAAGUCUAGAUUUUGAGGCCAUAAAAUUGAAGCUUUCCAGUCCUGUUAAUGAGGGAAGAAUUCAGGCACUAAUAGAUACUACGUAGUUCUUAAAUUGGAUCUUCCACAGUGGAGAGAGUGACAAAAAAGAGUAUGAUCACGUAUGAAGUUUGCUUAUCAUACUCAUUCUCUCUCUCUCUCUCUCUCUCUCUCAAAAUGCAUUAUAUGCAAUCGAAAAAAUGAGUUUAGAAGAUCAUUGAAGCAUAUGACGGAAUUGAGCUCAAGACAUCAAGUUUGCUUCAAUAUAAGGACUUAUUUUUGGAAACUUCUGUGAUUAGUAAGCCCUAAGCAACAUGAUUCAUGUACUUUUUAUGAUCAUUCUUCCCCAAAACACGUGCCAGAAAAUAAUUUACGGAAAAAAAGAUUGUGGGGGGUGUUUAUAGGGCAAUUUCCAUGCUGCUCAUGGCAUGUCAAAAAUUAAAAAUGUUAAUUCUUUUGUC